AUGGCGGACUUCUUCAAUAUAAAAGCAAGACAAGCUGCUGCCGCGCAAGCAAGCUCAUCCAAGGCUCCGACGACAAAACAGGAGCCAAAUCGACUGCAGCCAUGGGUCGAGAAGUAUCGUCCAAAAACCCUCUCCGAAGUCACUGCGCAGGACCACACGAUUCAAGUCCUCUCCCGCACGCUCCAGUCCUCAAACCUCCCUCACAUGCUCUUCUAUGGACCGCCCGGAACCGGAAAGACGUCUACGAUUCUCGCGCUCGCAAAACAGCUCUACGGCCCCGAGCUGAUGAAGUCCCGCGUCCUCGAAUUGAACGCAUCAGACGAACGCGGCAUCUCCAUUGUGCGAGCGAAGGUGAAAGAUUUCGCUCGCCAACAACUUUCCGCAGCACCCAGUUACAAUGUGAUGGUGGAGGACAAGGACGCAGAAGGCGGGGUGAAGCAGGUCAAGUACAGAGACAAGUACCCCUGCCCACCGUUCAAGAUUGUGGUUCUGGACGAGGCCGAUUCGAUGACGCAAGAUGCGCAGUCUGCGUUGCGCCGCACCAUGGAGACGUAUUCCAAGAUGACGAGGUUCUGCCUCGUCUGCAACUAUGUCACGCGCAUUAUCGACCCUCUGGCUUCGCGCUGCAGCAAGUUCAGGUUCAAGAGCUUGGAUCAAGGGAGUGCGGUCACUAGAGUGGAGGAUAUCGCGAAACUGGAAGGUGUGAGGCUAGCGCCGGGCGUGAGCGAGGAAUUGGUUAGGAUUGCGGACGGAGAUCUGAGAAAGGCGAUCACAUUCUUGCAGUCUGCGGCACGGUUGGUGGGAAACAAUAAACCUGCCAAAGGAAAGAAGAGAAAGGUUGUCGAGGACGAGGAAGAAGAAGACGACAGAAUGGAUGUCGAUUCAGCGCCUGCAGAUUCAGAUGUCGUCACUCUCAAAACCGUACAGGACAUCGCUGGCGUCAUUCCUGAACGGACAAUGGACGACCUUGAGAACGCCGUGCUAUCCUCACGCAACAAGAAAAACAUCCCUUAUGCUGCUAUAGCAAACGUCGUUCAAGAGAUGAUCGCAGAAGGGUGGAGUGCGGCACAGACGGUCGGGCAACUCUUCGAGAGGAUUAUGUUUGAUGAGCGUGUGAACGACGUGCAGAAGAUGAAGAUAGUGGGGUAUUUCAGUGAAACGGACAAGAGGCUCGUGGACGGUGCCGACGAGCAUCUCGCGAUUCUGGACCUGGGAUUGCGGAUAUCUGGGGUACUCUGUCAAGGAUGA